GAUAAAAAUCCAAAAAAAGAAUACUGAAACUGAUAAUAAGAAAACAAGAAAAGAAAAUGGUUGCUCGCAAGUUCCUGGUUCGCCACGACGACUCUACGUUUACCGUCGAUUAUGACACAGACGACGGUUUUGAAGUGUUUCAGUUCCAGCUCUUCUCCCUCACUUCAAUUCCUCCCGAUGAGCAAAAGAUCGUCGGGGAAGAUAAUGACCGUAUCGUAUCAGACGACUCCGAUCUGGCCGCCGUUUCGGAGAAGCUGCAAUUGCUGUCAAUCUCCGACGAGGAUGCGAGAAAGCCGGAGAAACCAGAAGAAACGACGAGUAGCACUGCCGGCGCUAGCGUUUUGUCCGAUGAGGAAUUGGCGCGAAUGUUGCAGGCAGAGGAAGAAGCGCUUAUGCUUCAGCAAUAUGUAGCUACUGACAAUAGUAGGGAAUUUGAACAGAAAGUUCGGCCCUAUAUUAGCCGAGUUCUCUUGUAUGAAGAUCCUGCACGCCAGGAAGCAGCUCGGAAGACGGUUCCUGUGGAUAAUCUUGAGGAAAAAGCAUUUGUUUCUUUGGCCAAGGAGGGGAACCUUAAACCAUCAAAAAUCGAACAAGAUCAUGCUUUCCUGCUCCAGCUACUUUUCUGGUUCAAAAGAUCCUUCAGUUGGGUUAAUGCACCUCCAUGUGAUGGAUGUGGCAAUGAAACCACAGGUCAAGGAAUGGGUGAUGCACUCCAUUCAGAAAUUCAGUACGGAGCAACUAGAAUUGAACUUUAUCGUUGCAAUUCUUGUUCAAGAGUUACACUUCCUCGCUACAAUGACCCACUGAAGCUUGUAGAAACAAGAAAGGGGCGUUGUGGAGAGUGGGCCAAUUGCUUCACAUUGUACUGUCGUGCUUUUGGCUAUGACUCUCGUCUGGUCCUUGAUUUUACAGACCAUGUUUGGACAGAGUGCUAUUCAGAAGCCCUGGGAAGGUGGAUGCAUCUUGAUCCUUGUGAAGCAAUCUAUGACAGACCGCUACUAUAUGAAAAAGGGUGGAAAAAGAAAUUAAAUUAUGUAAUUGCUAGCAAAGAUGGAGUUUAUGAUGUCACUAAACGUUACACACGGAAUUGGAAUGAGGUUUUGUCUCGACGAACCAUUACCAGAGAGUCCUCUCUGGUGUCUGCUCUCACUUCAAUGACCAAAGAAUGCCGAAGAAACUUUACAUCUCAAAUUCUUUCAGUAUUGGAAGACCGUGACAAAAUUGAAAGGGAAGCUCUAGACAGAGAUUUACUUUCUACUGAUGAUGCUCCGAUCUCCUUACCUGGGAGGAAAAGUGGGGAUAAGCAAUGGCGCAUUGCAAGAUCAGAAUUUGGGACUGACUCUCUGAGUUCAUCUGCUUGUGAAGUUCGCAUAUGCAGAGACGAGCACGUCACAAAAAUCUAUAAUGCCUUUUCUUCUAUACUUCAUAAGUUUGUUGAAGAAUCUGUAAUUGCUUCAAAAGGUGUUGAAGUUCUCAAGAUUCUUAGAGCAACCGUUGUAGAUCUCAAGAGAUUACCGUAUAAAAAAAGGAGAGCUUCUUUAAAGUCAAACUCAAUUGUUGGCACAUCUUUGUUGCAUCGGUGGCUGCCCUCCUUUAAGGAAUUUCUUAAUGCUCUUUCACUGAAGAGUGAAGUGGAUAGCAAUGGCACUGUAACCGUAUGCUUAGCCAGUGACCCUGUUCCAACUGCUUUAGCAUUGCCUGUUGCCUUGCACGCUUUGGAUGAACUGAUCAGCGAUCUUAGCAAAUGUGAGAACUUUAGUAAAGGUUCACUAACCUUUCCGCUUCUAAGAUUGAAUAGAAUAUGUUCUGGAGCAGUCCUUUCGAGUGGCGAGGAGCUUCCUUUUGGAUUGUAAGCCACAGCAGCAUUUGAUGGAACUCGCAUGUCUAAAUGGGAGGAACCUAAUGGUGCUAAAGGUUGUUGGAUUAUGUACAAAUUAUCAGGCAACAUGCAGGAACUUGUGUCCUAUGAGUUAAUGUCUGCCAAUGAUGCCCCAGAACGAGAUCCAAUGGAUUGGGUGGUGGAAGGAAGUAAUGACGGAGGAUCAAACUGGCGUGUUCUGGAUGAACGAAGAUCACAGAUGUUCGAUAAACGUUUUCAGCGGAAAACAUAUAAUGUCAAAUCGACAGGUUUCUUAUCAAAUAUAUUCAGAUUGCGGUUCUUGGCGGUCAGAGACUCGGAAACAAACCCACGGCUGCAAGUGGGUAGCGUUGACCUGUAUGCAAGGCAAAGCUGAUGGUAUUGAGACGUAACUGGAGCCAAACAGUUUAGAACUUGCAUUCCUGGCUUUCCUGCUGUAAUCAAGUAUCUGGCUUCAGUGGAGUAUUUGUUUGGUGUUUAAAUUUAUUUGUCUAAUUAGAUAUUUGAAUUUGACUUUGAUGAUUACCUUUUUCUGGAGGUAAAGGCCUUGUUAAAACCCCCUUU